UCUCAGUCAUAUGACUCCUCUGAUAGUGAAGUGACUAAUGAAGAGAAGUCCCCAACAUUUGUUCAGCUACGGCCUGCCAAACGUCGCAAAAGUCAGAGUCGAGAGGGGAUUUUCAUUGGGCCCAAGAGGAUUAAACAGGCACGUCUUGUUCGGGAAAGGCAGGAGCGACGUCACCGUCACCUUGAGGAGCAGCUGCGGCAGACUGAAUUGGAGGAACAGAUGCAAGCCAGUAGGGUUGAGAAAUCAAGUGAGGAAGAUGGUCCUUUAGGCAAUAUGUUGGUACAGUCUUCAAUUAUUUUAGCUGAUGCACAAAUGGAAGAACAAGACAAUGUUGAGCAAUGUAUAGCUUCAAUUAAAGCCCACCAACUCUCUUUGAGUGCUUCUGAAGAUACUCUUGAUUUAGAAAAUGGUGAUAAAUCAUCUUUGAAUGUUUCUGGGCAGCCAGCAGGAAAAAAGGCGAAAAAGUCUCAUGCUAGUAAAGUGUUCCAUAAUGAAAAUUCAGUUAUCGUCAAAAACCUUCCACGCUCUUUAUCUUUAAGGAAAUUGAGAGCAAAAGACUUCAAGUGGAGCCAUUAUAUUAAAUCUAUGAGGUACUGGUGUAGUGAUUGUGCUCAUGGAUUUAAGAACCAAAAAGAAGUGUCUUUGCAUUCAGAAGAUAGAUGCAAGUGGAACUGUUUGUAUAUGCUUGAGUGCUAUGUCAUCGUCAAGGAUGUGCAGGCACAUGCACAGUUUGGACCAAAGGUUCAAGAGCUUUUAGAGGAGUACCAAAUUGACGGACAACACAAGUGCAAAACAUGUGGUGAAAUCAUAGCACGCAAGGCAGAUUUUUUAGUGCAUUGUGAUUCACAUAAAGACUUUAUGCCUUGGGAAUGCACCAUGUGUGGAACACGCUUCAAAAUUAGGGGCUCUCUAAAGGAACAUUUAAGAUAUACUCACAUGAAAGGGCGUGUUCCGUGUUUGAAGUGCAACAAAGUGUUUCCUACGUCAACCUUGCUGAGACAACACGUAAAGGGUGUCUGUGCAAAGACUCAACAUUGCAACCAGACUUUCCCAGAAGGCAACCUAAAGGGUAGCGAUCCACUCGGACGACCUUGUUUGUGGAAAGCACAUGAACGACUUACAUCAGAUUCAGACCCUAAGUCAACACAUGAUUGGCAAAAUAUACAGAAUAUGUAUACAUUGUCAAAUCAGGUAGCUGAAGGCAGCUGGUCUGCUGUUAUAGUGGUUAGUAUUGUGGCAUGCUACUCAGAUGUUGCAGCAUUUGAAAAUUUGCAGGUUCAUACUCAACACUACAAGUACAAAACCACCAAGAAUCGGGAUGAAGAGUUAAAAGCUGCAAUGGAAGCUACUGCGGGAGCUUUAGAGGCACCACCCGAAGUGGUUGAGGAAGAAGCGGAAAAGCUCUCUGAUGAAGCCAAUGAGUAUAGGAACUGGUGUAAGUUAAUGGAAAUCAAUGCCAUGAAGAAUAUUGGUGCCAGCACAAACACACCCCCAGAAGAAAAAAAGAAAAAUGGAACAAGUAGUUAGUGCUAACUUAUUGGAAGUAGUCUUUGAAGGGGGUAGGGUGGGAAUUAGGGUUAAGAAAUUCCUGGAGUAAGAUGGUGGAGGUUAUGAUGCAAAGAGAGUAGCUAAUGGCCAUGACAGUCUCCAGUCCAGUAAAUAUAAACCAGACUGGCUUCUGUACUCUCAGGAAGGAAUGUUUUUUGUGCUCGUGUUGUGAGGAUUGAAGCAUCAUAAUUAAAAGUUGUGGUAAGAAAGAAGAGUGAAAGAAAAAUUAACACACGAAUCUAGAGUUUAGCUGCACGUUAGAUGGUAUCAGAAAAAGUGUUAGUUGAAUAUAAAGCCUGAUAUUUCAUAGGAAUAGAAUUCAGCAAUAAUGGUGAUGUAUAAUCUGGAAAAGUAGUAGUUUGCAGUAACAUUUCAUGUACUGUAAUAUAUUUGUGUAUCCAAACACAUCUAUGGUUAUCUAUACGUACUGUAUUUAUCAUAUCUGCUAUAAUGUAUACAUCAAUGGACUGCAUUCUGGUACACAUAAAAUAAAUGGAUACAUACAUGAAUCUAAUCUGCAAGCUAUGUAUUUGGUGCAAUAAGGGUUGAAAGUGUGUGAAGCAAAAAAGCAUCCUCUGCAACUUGUGCAGCAGCAGCAGCAGCUGUAAAGAGCAAUGCUAAUUGGAGGGAGAAAAUUUGACAGAUCCCAGAUGUUUUGCUGGUUUCUUUGCUUUUCUACCUGUGAGUGCCAUAGAACUGUGAUUAUGGUGCUGUGCUACAUUCAGGCUUGCAAGUCUGUAGCAGACUCCUAAAUAAAGAAGAGAGAAGAAAAUUUAUAGGUAAACAGAGCAAGGGAUAGGAUUUUGUAAUUGCAAAGGAAUCUCUUCAAGUCUGGCUCAUGUGCGUCUCUCCAGGACAGAUAAUGUUUGAAAAUAGGAGGAGAAGGAGCUUGGAUAUGUUUAUAGCAGCUUCAUAUCACAUGUUUGUACAUAAUAAUGAAAGUGUGAGUAGUUUAUGUAAGUAUGUGACCACCAGUGUUGUGCUUUGUUUGUGUAAUUAAUUAUAGAUAUUAAAAAAAAAAAAGUGUUCAAAGAUAGGGUCUCUAACCUAGGUUUUUAUUUGUACUUAUAAUUGUUUUUUACUACUACAUAAUUUUUUGAGGUUUAUAGGCUAUUAUAGGCUAUUUUUGGUCAAAAAUAGUUGUAAACUGAAAGCAUUUAAAUUUUAUGCAGGUCUUUGGGUCUGCAUAUAGCAUUUAUAACUGCAGGUAAUUUGCUUUUAGAUAAGUUGCCUAAGCUUAUAGCUUCUAUUAUAUAAUCUUAGAAUCUGUACAGGUGCAAUGUAAGUAUAUCUUGGUGCUGCGCUUCUUGGCUACUGUUAAAGAGCAAACAGGGUGACUUAUGUUAGGAGUUUAAAUGUUUAUCAGGUUACCGGUAAUUUUUUUACACUUUGAUAACCUAUUUAUUUGCUUAGGUGACAGCUAUAGGCAGUAAUACCAUCCUGCCGUUGCUUCCCAUGGUAUAUGGAAGGACCUCGUGUGUGUAUGGCAUUUGUGAUACAGCAGUUAUAAACGACCAGUCUUUUAUUUUUGUUUUCUUUUCUUUUGCUCUCCCGACAUCCAUGAUCCUGAAAUGUUAUGAAGCACAUUCACUGAAGAGUUGAUUGUUAGAGAAUUGUUGAAAGUGCAAGGAGUUUGUGUAAGGUAAUGGAGACUACAAAAUUAGAUUCUUAUUUUUUAACAAGUAUUUUUUUAUUACAUUAUUUGGCAAUUGUAGAAUAUUCUUUAAGCUCGUUGCUAACCUCUGUCACUCGUUUUAAUACUCAUGAAAGCCAUAUGAGCACUUCCAUUUCUAGUACUGUAUUGCAGCUAAUUGAAUGUUACACUAUUUCACUAGCAUUGAAGAAGGGUUUUCUCCCUCAUAAUGUAAUUUGGUGCUAUUUCCACUCCUUUGUUUAUCUAUUCAUCUUUGUUACAAUGGUUGUGGCAUAGGUGGGAAUUUUUUUUUAAUUGUUCUUUUCUUUUCACUCAGGCAGAAAACCGUUUGUGUUAUUGUUGGUAUUAGAUUAAUAUUAAACUGGAUUUGGAUAUCAGCAGUCCUUUUGUUUUUUCUAAAGAUUUUGUUGCAAAGUAGCAAGUUAUAUUCUUUUAAUCUGUGUACCAUAGCAUUGUUGAUUGUCAUUGUAAUGGAUAUACAAAAUAUAUGUUUUAAACUCCCUAUGUUUUGUAGAUAUUUGUUGUAUUGUGCAGGUUUUUUGUGGAACAUCCAUAUGUUUUAUCUGAUGACGUAACUUUAUUGAAGGGUGAGUGAAACACUUAUAAUCUUGUAAACCCUGGAGAAGAUUUAUGCAAUGAAAGUUAUUUUUUUAUCAUAUAUGUUUAAUUCAUUGCCAGCUGAUUCAUUUAUAAACAUUCUGUAAGUGUAUAAACUAUUGUACUAUUUUGUAAUUGGGCUUCCAGUUUCAGUUAUGGUAAUUCAGCUUCAGGUUAUCUUUUGCUUUGAAAUGUGACUAAAGUAUACUAUUCUUAAAAUAUUUUGUUAUGAACAUAUUUCAGACGUUCCAGCGUCCUAUUCAUACCUCAAGUUAAUUUUUUACAGUUUGUCAUUUUUCAAGUUUUGUCAUAUUUUAAAGCAAACAAAUGUGUAUCAAGAACUGUUUUCACUUAGAUUUCACCUUGACAUUCAGUAGUGGUAAGUAAGGGAAAGGGAUAUGAACCAUGACAUUAAUCACCAGAAUUGACUGGGCAUGAACAAAUAACAUUAUACUUACAGCUUCCAGUGGUUUAGAUAAUUCUUUAGCUGGAAAAAUUUGCCAUUGAUUUUCAAGGAAAACUCAGUUUUUGUGGAAUUACUGUACUAUGUUUAUUUUCUUUGUAAUUUUUGAAAUGUACCCUUUUUUGAAUAGGUAUCAUGAAAUGACUUUCAUGGUUGUAAUAUCACUCAGAAUUUCAUAAUGUAUGAAUAUAUGUUUAACCUGAUCCUUAAUUUUAUUUUUCAACACUAUAUAUACACAUUAAUGGAAUGUGAAGAAUUUUGAAUGUUCUCCGUGGAAAGAAGAUGGGAUGUACAACUUGGAAAGAAACUGAAAUAUUUGAAGGGAAAGCAUUGAAAUGGUAGCCGUCAGAUCUACAAAUAUGUAAAAUCUUCCUUGAUUAAAUAUGUUCUGCAAAGGUAUGGUAAAAAGUUUCUAAUUGUCAUAUGGGGAAUAUGGCUACUUUAGUCUUCCUGCAGCUGUCGCAAAGUUUUGUUUGCUAGGUUCUGUAAAGAGUGAUGUGAAAAGUGAAACUGGAUUUGCAAGUGUGGUUUAAUUUGCAGCUUCAUUCUUCCUAAUGUAGGUUGAAGUAUAUUUUCAGAACCAGUAAAUGAUUCAAAAGUAUGAUUAUCAAGAUAUUAUCAGGCCUACAUAAUGAAAGUGGAGUAAGUAAUGAGAUGUAGUUAUUGUGAGAAUGCCAGCUUGUCUUCCUUCUGUAUUGAUUAAUUUUUUAUUUAUUUUCAUUGUUUGAAGAAGCUUUUGUUACCUUGCAGCUAUUUCAAUUUUUCUUGUUACGUUUACAUGCUUGUUACUAUUUUUGUGCUUUUUAUACUGAACAAAACUCCUUACCAAGUAUACGAUAAUAUACUGUAAAGGCGUGAAUGACUUUGUCGUGGUUGUGAGCAGCAGCUCUCUUAAAAUUUUUAAUUUUUUUAUUUGAGAACUUUGAUUUGCCUGAAUCUACUUACUUAGGUUUAAUAUAUUGAUGUAUGGUACUUAUUUUUUGUUAGGAAAUUCAGUAAAACAUAUUUUUCUUUGGACCUAGACACUUACUUAUUUUAUUGAAAGGUAAUUUGCAAAUAUAUGUAUAGUACAAUUAUGAUUGUGCUUCUUCAUAGAUUAAAAAAUACUGUAGCAUAUCUUAUUUUUUCCUAUAGAACUACAGUAUCAUGUUGAAAAUCUAAUUUGUGUGUCUUGUGCAAUAUGCAAGUAGGAUUAUCAAUUAGGAUUGAUAUCUGAAAGUGAUUUAUUGUAGUUUGCUUGUUAUGCAUCAGAAGAUAUUGUUUUUGAGUAUGGAACUUGAUCUUUGCUGCAUGUACUAUUAUGUAUGCAAUAUUUCAUAUAUGUUCUGUGAUUUUUAUUACUUUUUUCUAUGCGGUUUGAGUAGUAAUUAUGAGAUUCAAUAUGGUUAGGGAAUGUGUUUAGUGCAGAGCCCCAAUUGUACACCUGGAUCUGUUCUGAUUAUGCAAUGUACUCCUCCAUCCAUACAAUGUAAGGGGCUCAGUAAUGUGUAGUAAUUGCUAAGUUAAAAAACAAAAAAAACCAAACCCUUACUGAUAUAUAGCACAUGUAGCUCUAUGUAUCCUUGUUAAAAUGACAGGGAUUACAUCUUGUAUCCAAACUUAAAAUAUUAAUUAUAAUGAUAAUAGUAAUGAAAACCAGAUUUCUGGUGCUGAUACUGGACAUAGAAACAUACUUGGUAUGAGUGGCCACGUGGGAACCUUGCUUUACAACCAUCAACUGGGAUCUUUGUUCAGGGUCAUUUCUUCUUCAUCCUGUUAGGGUCGUGAAGCUGAGGUUUGGGAGGCUACUAACUCAAAGAUCUCAAAAAGUAAAUGAAUGACUGCACUUUUUGAAGUAUGUGGAAGCACUACUUAUGUAUGGGGAUCCUGAAUUUAAGAAUUUAUGGUUUGCAAAGGACGGAGUGGAUGAGCAAAAGUGUGUGUGUUUUAGUGUGUGUGCGUGACUGUGCAGCGAAAUACGAGGGAUAAUGAAGAUCUUCAGUAAAGUUCAAUGCAUACUGUGUAGUAUUUUUGUAUAUGAAGAUUCGCCUACUAGUUUGUGACAAGUGUAUUAAUUUGUUGCAUUGUUCCAGUAAGCAAGUCGAGCUCUACACAGUGCUGCCAUGGGUGGAAUUAAUUGGUUGUUUUUUUUAAUUGAUGUAAAAGGUGAAAAUUAAAAAACGUAAAGGGUUCUGUGAUAGUGUGGAAGCACAAAGGGAUUUUUUUAGUGGUUUGGAUUCAGAACUGUGAUAUUAGUCUGUAUUUAUUUAAUCUUUUCUACAUUGUGUUCAAGGUCUUUGCCAUCAAGGUAGAGGUCAAGGUUAUAAAGUUGCCAGCUUGGUUGUUUUUUGUUAAUCCACCCGAUCACACCCCUGUGUAGCGCCCCAUGGAGCUCUGGGAUUCCCCUGUAGCAAUGUACAUUCAAAGUCCAGACUGUUUUUGUACCUGCGUAUGAAAAUAAAAGCUGCUGUCAACU